UUGAAAAAGAGACACACGCGUUACAUUAAGUGUUAUUAUUGUUCGAAGAGAAAAAAUCAAUCCAACAAGAAAGAAGAGAACGAAAAACCAUAGGGUUUGAAAAUUAACUUGCUGAGUCCGCCUUUUGUGUUUGAACAGAUACACCACCACCCACCUUAACGUCCCCACUCUUAGAACGUUUCGCUUUCUUCCUCUUCUUCUUCUUCUUCUUCUUCUUCCGUUUCGAUUCUUUCUAACAACACUGUUAAUCUUUUUUAUUAUAAAUAUUAUUCGUUCUUCAAAAAACUACCUUGUUCUUGGAUCUGAAGAUGCGAAUUGAGGAUUUCUUUAUCCUUCUUGAUAUCAAAUUCAGUUUGGGGUUUGAUCUUGCUGCUCUUUAGAGGGACUGUAAUUAUAAUGAUUUGCGGUAGAGUGGGAAUUGGGGUAUGCGUUUGUACUUGUUUGCUAGAAAAUUAUGGACGGUGACCGAAAAAUGGCCGUUCCUCAUCUGGAUGGUUCCGCUGAUGGUGCUCAGAAACUUAGAGCAGCACUGCACGGGAGGACUACUGGUCCUACAAGGCGUUCUACAAAAGGGCAAUGGACUCCUGAGGAGGACGAGACAUUGCGGAAGGCUGUUGAACGUUUCCAAGGAAAAAAUUGGAAAAAAAUAGCGGAGUGUUUCAAGGAUAGAACUGAUGUACAAUGCUUACAUAGGUGGCAGAAAGUGUUGAAUCCUGAACUUGUUAAAGGGCCAUGGUCCAAAGAGGAAGAUGAAGUGAUGAUUGAAUUGGUGAACAAAAUUGGGCCUAAAAAGUGGUCAACUAUCGCACAACAUUUACCUGGUCGUAUCGGGAAGCAAUGUCGAGAAAGGUGGCAUAAUCAUCUUAAUCCUGCUAUAAACAAAGAAGCAUGGACACAGGAAGAGGAGUUGGCUCUAAUACGUGCUCAUCAAAUUUAUGGGAAUAAAUGGGCAGAAUUAACGAAGUUUUUGCCUGGAAGGACAGACAAUGCUAUUAAAAACCACUGGAACAGUUCAGUCAAAAAGAAAUUGGAUUCUUACUUGGCAUCGGGCUUACUUACUCAGCUGCAAUCUGUACCUCAUGAUGGAAAUGCAAGUCAAUCAAUGGUUACAACAUCUUCAACGGUGCAAUGUAAUGCAGAUGAUAAUGUUCUUCAGGGGACUGAAGGAGAUGAAGUUUUAGAGUAUAGCCACGACUCAGCUAAUGCUCUCCACUUUCCAUCCACUAGAGAGAUGACCAGUGUUGACUUGCAAACUGUUGGGGGAGAAUGUAGUCUUGGGACGGAUCAUAGUCCAAGUCAAGCAUCCUGUUCAGAGCCAUAUUACAUAUCAAUUGAUGAUGCUACUACAUGCAUUCCAGAAAUUGCUCAUCAGGAAGCAUGUUCUUCUGAAUUUAAUGAACAAUUCUCACAUGAACCUGGAAAUUCCAUAAAUGAGGAUUGCCAGUUUAAUUUACACACUUUGCCCAAUAUUUCAUCAAUAGACUUAGGGAAGGACUCCUCUCAGUUGCAAAGAGAUUAUAUGGAAUCUAGAGAUCCUAGUGGAAUACGUGACUUGGCGAAUGUUUCAAUGGCCAUGGAAACUACAUCUACGGAGGCUGCUAAACCAGAUCAUAUGCUGAUAUCUGAUGAUGAAUGUUGCAGAGCGCUAUUUUCAGAGGCAAAUAAUGAUAGAUGUUUUAUCCCUGGAGAUUAUAAUAAAGAUGUUGAUACUGUUGAAUUUUCUGGUCACCCCCCAUUUGUUUGUCAAUCAUGUCAUUUUCAGAUUUCCGAAAAUUGUGAAACCUCGACUCUGCCAUUAACUUGUCCUCAGUGUUCGAAUAAUUUUAAAGGAAUGGCAUCCUCCCAAUCUACUCGACCAGUACAUUCCGCUGAGCCUGAGGAUCAGCAGUUUGUUUCCAGUGCACCUGAUAACUUCACUUAUGCCAUUGACAUGCCCAGUUCUCCUUGUAUUGAUGCUACAGAUGGUGGAGUAAUGAGGGAUGUUAAGCAAACCUGUUAUCCAACAGAUGAAAGCCCAAACAUGCACACAGAAAAGGAGGGCAAGGGAGCACUAUGUUAUGAACCUCCCCGUUUUCCGAGCACGGAUAUUCCUUUCUUGAGCUGUGACCUUGUGCAAUCUGGGGGUGAUAUGCAGCAAGAAUUUAGUCCUCUGGGUAUCCGCCAGUUUAUGAUGUCGUCUAUGAACUGUAUGACUCCAUCAAGGUUGUGGGACUCGCCUUCUCGUGAUGAUAGUCCAGAAGCAUUAUUGAAAAGUGCAGCUAAAACUUUUACGGGGACACCAUCAAUAUUAAAAAAACGACGCAGAGAUUUGUUAUCCCCACUUUCAGAUAAAAGAAUUGGCAAGAAGCUUGAAACUGAAAUGGCAUCCUCUUUGUCCAAAGCCUUUUCUAGUUUGGAAGCAGAUAUACUCUCUCCGUCUUCAUUGCAAAAGCAAAACUCCGAGGCUCCUGUUUUUGACGACGAUAAAGAAAAUUGUGGACAAGCUGAUAAAGGUAAACAAGUAGAGGAGAUAAUUAAAUCUGCAGUUUUGGAAGAAAAGAUGUCCCAAAGAGAUGCUCUUGACAGUAAUUCUCCUGGUAAGGUUAAGCAGCAACCUUUUGAUGUUGAUUCUAAAAUGAAGAUUGAUGCUACUGCUGCUGUUGAGAUUGUGCAACAAUCUUCUGGUGUUUUGUCUGAACAUGAUAGGAACGACCUUUCAUUAUAUUCAUCUGAUGAAGUUGGUUUUAGAGACAGAGUUCUAGGUUCUGAUGAAGUUGGUUUUAGAGACAGAGUUCUAGGUUCUAGUGUUAUAACGCCCAGAAGCAUGAACAAUAGGAGCUCAGAAAUAGCUCCAAACCAGAGCAUUCCUUCAAAGCCAUCUUCUGAGAAUCAACGCUCAAGGUUUAGCUCUCCUUGUGUUCGUGCAAAGGAGCAUGAAGAUCUUACAGUUUCUGUUACUCGAGCAAAAGCUCCAGAGGAGACUUCGGGGGAUCAAAAUAAAAACGAUGGAGAAUUUGAAACGUCUAGCAUAUUUGGUGGAACACCUUUCAGGAAAGGUUUUGAAUCACCUUCUGCAUGGAAAUCUCCUUGGUUCAGGAAUACUUUUCUCUGUAGCCCAAAUACUGAAAUUACAAUUGAGGAUUUUGGAUUUUUCAAAAGCCCGGGAGGUGAUAGAAGCUACGAUGCUAUCGGGUUGUUAAAAGAAGUUGGUGAACAAACUGCUGCUACAUAUGAAAAUGCACAGGAGAUUUUGAAUAAUGAUACUCCUAAAGCAUUACCUAAAGGCGACGACACAUCAGGAGAUGAUAAGAAUUGCGACGACGAAAAUAAUGAUUCUAACAAUGCAAACAUUUCUAAAUUGACUUCAAAUGCUUUGGUUGAGCGCCGCGUACUCGACUUUAGUGAAUGUGGAUCACCUGAUAAGAGUGAUAGCAGCAAAUCCUCAGCUAGUCAGCCAUGAAGCUUGUCAAGCAUUUUGUCACAUUUGUUGAAGGAUUGUAGAUAGUCCAUUAUCAAUCAUGGCUUCAGUUGUAACAAUUACAGCUGUCAUUGUCAAGCUUCGAUAUAUAUAAAAUGUAUGUACCAUUUGUAAGAUUAGUUCUUUGUUUGAGAAGACUGAAUUUGGAAUUGACAUCAAAUGCACCCGUUAUAUAACGAUUCUUCUUGUAUGAAGAGAAUUACAAUGAAAUUGAAUAUUGGUCCUUUUCUCAUGGUCCUUUUCUCAUGUA